GCAGAAGUUUGUGCCAGUCCAGGGUACCAACCUCAGUCUGGUGUCAGCUCAGACAGCAGCAGCAGCUCCUCGACCAUGGCGGCAGUAAGAUUGGUGGCGUUUGUGGUGUUUUUCUACGUUUUGUGGAUGUUCGUUCUGACCUUUGGAGACACAUAUGUGGUAACAGUGAGGCCUGGACGGGAUGCCACUCUUCACUGUCAGUCUUACCCGGUUGUACAUGUACUAUGGUGGAAAGAUGAAGAUGACUACAAGUACUUUAAGGUCUUCAGGGUCUAUCGCAAGCGUAUAGAUGAAGACUACCAGCAUCCGUCUUAUCGUGGUCGAGUGGAGCUGAAAGAUCCAGAGAUGAAGUAUGGAGACGCCUCCGUGAUUCUGAAGAACGUCACCGUCAACGACACUGGAACAUAUGAGUGUAUUAAAGCGAGUCGACCAGUUUGCAUACAUGCAGGUAGGACGGCCACCGUCGACCUCACCGUCGACCUCACCGUCUCAGACUCAGAACCUGAGGAGGUAACUGCGUGGUCCGGAGAUAACGUCACCCUUCACUGCCAGGGUCCCAGAAACGCCUCGAUCUCAGUGUUAAAGUGGAUCAGAACUGACCAGGAGUCAGAUCAAUAUGUCUUCUUCAGAGGAAACAGCUCAAAUGAAACCAGCCAGCUUCGAUCUUAUCGUGGUCGAGUGGAGCUGAUGGAUCCAGAGAUGAAGAACGGAGAUGCUUCUGUGAUUCUGAAGAACGUCACCGUCAACGACACUGGAACAUAUGAGUGUGAGAUCUCAACUGAAGGCAGUGAAGACGGAGGGACAAAGUCUCAGUUCACCCUGAACGUUGAAGCUAAAUACAUGUGGGUCAACCCAGUAUACGAGGAGGAAGAAUACAAGGAUGUAGGAAACAAGGAGGAAGAAAACAAGGAUGUAGGAAACGAGGAAGAUGGAAACACUGAUGGAAGAAGCAGCAGAAGACAAGGGGCGCUAGUCGUCGGUCUGUCAAUCGGUUUUGUUGUUCUUGUUGUUGUUGUUGUUGAUGUUGUUAUUGUGGUUGUUGUUGUUGUUCUUCGUUUCAGGGGCCGAGGAAAAUAUAAAGUCAUCCCAGACAAUAAUUCUGCCGCUGUUACACAAACAGAAAACAAGGGUGUGAAGAUAUUGUGUUAAAACCAUCAAUCAGUCAAAGUUUCUGAUCUGAAUUAACACUUUAUUGUGAAAUCAUUUAAAUACUGAAUCAUUUUUCUUUUAUUCUUUUAUUUGACAUCAUUGUGAUGAUUUCUGGAUGAUUGUGGGUGAUUUUAUCUUUCUGGGUUUGUUUUCUGUUUAUUGCUGUCAUAAGGCACGUCAUUAUUCUCCUUUCAUAUAAUAAUAUCGGGUGUUAUCAUAUCCUGGAUUUAGUCUCUGUAACAGUUCAUACUGAAGUUGUGAUAUAUAUGUACAAUAAACCAGAGCUGUUUAAACGUGUUUGAUCUCAGCUGGAAGAACCAGUUUAAGAGAAAAACACACCACACCUGAGCUCCACCUGCGUCUAUCUUUCACUCCGUUCUCUGUAAAUGCAAAUUAAUUAAAUCUGCAAAAGUG